GUUGUUUUUUAGUAGUACAUAAUUUCAAACGUACUUAUUUAAAAAUACAUAUGAAGUGAUUUUGUUAACCUUAAAUAAAAAAAAUGUCAAAAUAGUGUCAACAAAAUGAAAUGAAAUAAGUUAAAUAAUAUAGAUAAAAAUUAUUCACAUAGAUUUCGCAUCAGUGGGAGCAACGGCAACGGCAACGUCAGUCAGUCGUGUGUAGAAUGCGGGGUCGUGCGCGACUUUUGGUGCUACCGCUGCUGCUGGUAGCGUUGACGACGUUCGGGUUAAACGGCGUCGUCGUCGCGACGUCCGCGGAUGAUGAGAAUCAACUGAAGGUUGGAAGGUCCAUUGAUAUCUUUUCCAGGUUUGGCUACCUUAGCCUCAGUAUGAAAGUGGUCCCAAGAAACGAUACCGACUGGAUCUUCCGAGAACCGACCAUCGACAUCUUCGACGAUAUGGGGCGUUACCUGAUCCAACCAGCGCGUUCCCCUAGAAAACAACGUCGGGUCUUCGAUGGUGAUUUCCACAUGGAGUUCUGCGAUAACCUUAAACAGCUGGUGCAAGCGUACUUCAGAGACUUCAGUUUCGAGCUGUUGGAGCAACCGUGGAAGGCGUUCACGUCCAGUUGGAGCGCGGAAACUUUAGCUAGAAACUUGGGGGUAACCUCUGGGUUUGUGACGAAAGACUUUUGUUACGUGUUGGUGAGACUGUCGCGGUUUUGGGAUAGUGCCAAGCUGGGACGGUCGCCGCGUAGUGUUAACGUGGUGGAUAUUGUGAAGGAGGAAAUCGAUGGGAUUAAGGUGGGAGAUGCUGCUAGUGUGUUGCUGUUUAUGAAGAAGUAUGGCUCGCAUUAUAUACAGUCGUAUGUUACGGGGAAUUCAUUGUAUCAGGUGUUUGUCUUCAACAAGACGCGGUACCAUCAGAUCAAAGACCGUCUGAAGAACCAGGGUAUUUCCCAUAUAAGCGAAUCUGAGUUAAACCAGUACUUUAGCCCCUGGCAGGCGGAGCACGUCGGACUGAUCAAAACAGCCAGCGGUAAUAAAACGGUAGAGGAGUGGGCAUCCUCGAAACUACGUCAGAGUUAUUUUAUAUUUACUUAUUCGACUUUGCUGAAAUCCAAGGGUGAUUCAAGACUACUUACUAGACUGAAUAAUUUACUAAGGAACGAAGCUAUCUUGGGAAUGGACAUGAAAUCAUUAGGUGUUGUCAUCGAGGACCAAAACAAAAAAUUAUGGUUCGAUGAGGUCUUAGACAACGUGCUAAAGCUCUGGGAAAGCAACUUAUAAUGAAAAAUCUUAAAAAUCAUCUACAUUAUAACAUUUUAUGAAUAUUUUAAAACAUAUAUAAUAAUUGCGUAAUAUUUUAGUAUAGGAAGUCCAUAUCAGGCCUUUCAUGUGAUAAAUAAUGUGAUAUAUUUAUAUUACUUCUUACUCCUACAUAAUUUAAUAUGGUAUAUACACAAUACUGAUAUACUAAUACCAGUGCAUUUAAAUAAUAAGAUUUAUUUAUAUAGGUUUAUAUUGUAGCUCGUAUGUAUAUCUAAUGUCCUAAUUAUUUUUACUUAACUUAGAAGGGAAGGCAUAUUGCAUGUAUUUAUAUGAUUUUAAUUAUAGUUUCUAUUUAGUA